AUGGUUAGAAAAUUGAAGUAUCAUGAGCAAAAACUGCUGAAAAAGGUUGAUUUCUUGGACUGGAAGCAGGACCAAGGUCAUCGCGACACUCAGGUCAUGAGGACAUACCACAUCCAGAACCGUGAGGAUUACCACAAGUAUAAUAGAAUAUGCGGUGACAUACGUCGUCUGGCAAACAAACUAUCGCUUCUUCCGCCUACAGAUCCUUUCAGAGUGAAGCACGAACAAUUGCUGCUGGAGAAACUGUAUGCCAUGGGUAUUCUGGCGACCAAAUCCAAAAUUUCUGACCUGGAAAAUAAGGUAACAGUGAGUGCUGUUUGCAGGAGGAGACUACCCGUGAUUUUACACCGUCUGAAGAUGGCGGAAACAAUACAGGAUGCAGUUAAAUUCAUAGAACAAGGACAUGUCCGUGUGGGACCAAACCUGAUAACGGAUCCAGCCUAUUUGGUAACCAGAAACAUGGAGGAUUACGUUACUUGGACGGAUAACUCGAAGAUCAAGAAGACAGUGUUGCGCUACAGAAACCAAAUCGAUGAUUUUGAUUUUUCCUGA